AUGUUAUACAGAUACUUUGCCGUCUUAACAGCUUUGACAGCUAUCUCAGCUCUUCCUUCUCCCCACUCUAUCAAGAGAGGCGGCGGGGGUGAACCACAAGAUGAUCCCAACAAUAUCCAUUUAGAAGUUGCCCUGGCUGCCAAUUCCAAACACGUCGAUAUAACCAAUCAAACCGAUAUAAUCUGGGGAGGAACGGCGAACAAAGUAUUCACGUGGGGUCCAAACCAUGAUGGUUAUGCUCCGAAACCAUUCUGGUGGUUGGUCUAUGCUGAGGAUACGAAUGAGGUCAAUCCGAAUGAAGAUAACCUGAAAUAUAAUAUGAGCUGUAAAGCACAAUUACUCCAAGAUCACAAGCCGGGUGACUACUACAAUGUCAAACUGGACACUACCGCUCCCUACGUCCAUCCUACCUCAGGAGGGGACUGGAACCAGAUCCUUACAAAAGCCAAUGUAAUUUGUGAAACUGGUGAAUGCGUUGCUAAAGAUGGAUGUAAAGGAUUGGAGAUACCUAAAUGGGAUCAAGCUUAUUUGGAUGCUUACGAUAAGAGUCAAAUCACGGCGAAGAGAGGUCUGAGAUCUGCUGGAGUAGGGUAUAAUCUUUCAGCAGCGGAGAACUCAGACACCGACGAUGGAGACGAUAAGGAUCUCAUUGAUGAGUUUGCUGAUUGGUUCAAGGACGAUGAUUAG